AUGGCCUCCCUCCUCACUCUCACUGCUAGACGUGCCCCCCUCAGACUCGGUCGUGCCGUUACUUCAGUUUCUAGCCAAAUCCGCAACAUUUCCUCCUCUCCUAUUGACCACGACCAGAAGGAACUCCAGAGCCUCGCUCGCACCUUUGCCGACAAUGAGUUCGCCCCCAAGAUGCAAGAGUGGGAUGAGAAGCAGUACUUCCCCGUUGAUGUUCUCCGCAAGGGUGCUGAGCUUGGAUUCGGAGGACUUUAUACCCGUGAGGAUGUCGGUGGCUCCGGUCUCGGUCGCUUGGAUACUUCCGUCAUCUUUGAGGCCUUGUCGACCGGAUGUGUCUCCACCACUGCCUACAUCUCUAUCCACAAGUAA